UUGUGCUCGUUGCAUCCUACCAUCUACUGCGCUUGGCUCGACAACUGGAGACAAGGGUGCCUUAUCGAAUCGCAAUCGUACUUUCUAACUCCGAUCGAUCGUCAAGGAUAUGAUGGAGGGCUCUGGCGCGGACAGCUAUGGGGCGACGGGCGGUGCUCCCCAGCAGUCGGAGAACUCUAAGCUGAUGGCGACGGCGGUGGCUGGAGCAGCGAUGGAGGCGGCCAAGACCGAGGCCGCCAAGAUCAAGAACAUGGUGCUCAACAUGCGCGACGGGCCCGUGUCCAUCAAGAUCCUGUCCUACAUCGCGGGCAUCCUGCUGGUGGUGACCGGGUUCUUCUCCUUCUUCGGGAGCUUCUUCACGCUGCACCCCGUCGACGCUGUUGUGCACCUGUACAUGUUUGCCUUCGGCUGGGCCAUCCUGCUCCUGGAGGCCCGCAGCAGCAUCCUUCCCAAGAAGAUCGUCUACAACAUCCACAAGUACUGCGCCUUCACGACGGUGGUGUGGGGCCGCGGGGCCUUCUUCAUCUUUGUCGGGACCCUCGCUCUCGCACAGUGGGUGUUCAUCAGCAUUCUCGUCGGGUUGUACCUCGUCAUCAUCGGUGCAGGCAUGAUCUACUGGGGCCAGGAGGCCUACAAGAACCUCGACGCUCUUCACGGAGAGAUGAAGAACCCCGAGGUUGUCGAGGGCAUGUUCAGGAAGUUCGACCACAACCAAGAUGGCGUCCUGGACGUGACGGAGCUGGGCAACCUUCUCGAGUCCCUCGGAGCGAUGUUGCGGCCAACGGAGGUCGAGGCGGCGUGCAUCAUCAUGGACACCGACAACGACGGCAAGAUUUCCCUUGCUGAGUUCCAGGGCUGGUGGGCCAACUCCCCCUCGCCAGAAGUUGUUUGAAUUUUUUUCGAAUGCGACGUUUUUUCUAUUUUUUGAAGUGAUUCAACGGGAGGCAAGGCUUUGUUCCCCUCUCCCCCUCGACGCGGCAUGUGUUUGUUUUGCCAUCAGUUUUACAGGAUUAAGAGGGCUGUCAGCUACGUCGAGGUACAGUGGCAAGCUAAGCCGCAGGAUAGGUUCCCAGCGGUAAACUCUCUGUAUGGCACGUUGUUGGUGCCUAGAACGUGUGUUUUUCCUGUAUAAUAGUCUAGUACUAAAAACAGCAGUAGCUUGAGACCUCUUUCGGCAUCAAUAGUACUGGUGUUGCAUUGAUGUUUCGCCAUUUGCGUCAGUCAAUUUACGGUGCCCCCGUUGUAUGCGUAGGUAGUUAACGUUUCGUCGAACGGUUCAUGUUUCAUGUUGGGCACCCAACCACCCACCACCCGCUUCUUUUUUUCAGUAGUAAAAUCCCGCCCAAAAAUGAUGCAACUGCCGUCGGGUUUUCGAUGAAUGUAGAAGGCAUUUGGUGGUGCGGCGUUUCGUUCGCACUUGCUUGUAGGUGACUCGGACAACUGUUGGCGUUGUAUCUUACAUAGGUAGUACUUGAAGGCAUGGCGUUUUACAUGCUGCUCCUUCAGAAAAACUAAGAGCUACGUAUUUCCGG